CGGUCGGCUUGAGUCAGUCUCCCCCCCAGAUAUCUCCCCCUGUGGAGGUGAAGGCGGGAGCGGUGUCUCCCACUUUUAGCACGCAGCCGGUCAGCGGCAUGGUGCCCAUAAGAAACCCUCUGUACGAUCAGACUGGGCUGACGUCAUCUGUACUCUUACAUCCUUUAAACGAGAUGAUAUCCACGCCGAUCGGCAUAUCGAUACAAUCCCAGCCGAUAUUAUGUCCAACGGCAGCUAACACCACAAACGAAUUAGCGGAGACAAAAAACAAGGAGACGGAACAAAGCGAACUGUACGAAGAAUACCUAACAAAUCCCUACACUGAAGUCAAAGAUUUAUCCGAUAGAGAAGCAACGAUAUACGAUCCGGAAGAAAAUCGACAUUUACUAGUCAAAAACGACCAAAUCGUACCAAGCACAGAACGCCUCCCACAUAAAUCGUUCAGCGCAAACGUGACACCAAUGCACACUAAGAAUAAGGCUCAAUUUGGUUCGACGGAUAACGUCAGAGAGGAAUCGAGUAUCUUCAACUUUUCUAAUUACUUUGGAUCAGUGAAUGAAAAAAGUGGGUCAGAAGUUUUCGAUACUUUGAUGUCGACUCAGGAGGGAUAGCAAGCCUUCGACGUGUACCGCGGGACUUGGCUCUGAAUACAAACGGACCUAAGUUGAUUUAAACCCGGUUCCUAUAUUCCAAAACGAUUGGUUUUUCUAAUGUUCGUAAGUAAAACGAAUCGUUUUUUUUAAAUAUAGGGAAGGUUUUAUUGUUAAAUUUUGUUUUGGUUGGCUUUCUCAACUGUAAUUGUUGCUAUAUGGGUAUAUAUUAUCUUGUAGUUUAUGUAGUUUAAUGAAAUGUAAGUUAUUUCUACCGAGAAAGUU